AUGGAGGUCGCCAGCCCGCCGAAGCGGAUGACGCGUGCGCGCGGCGCCCGAGUCGUGCCCGCGCUGUCACAAACCAAGAUCUUGAAUAAGCCGUCUGCCGCAGUCGCCGCCCGCACAUCUGCCAAGCGCAAGACGCGUCCCGACGAUACCGAGGAUGAGCUCCAGCAGACAGACAGCGAGCAGCCCAAGACCAUGAACAGAGUGCCGCGUUUGCGCACGCGGGCGAGGAAGACCGCCGAGGCCGAGGCCUCCACGGUUGUCGAGCCUGCACCAGCCGAGAUAACGACAGCAACAACGACUGCUUCUACCUCGGCUGCCACCGCCAAACCUGCUGCACGCACCAGGACACGGAAGGUGGUGGCUGCUUCGGCAACACAGCCAGCCAAAGCGCCGGAGCCUGCGCCAAGGACGACACGCACGCGUGUGCGAAAACCAGCGACCACGGACGAGCAGAGCGACAAUGAGGCUCUUGCCGCACCCGGCCAUACUCCCAAAAAGGCUACGAGGAAGAGAGCGGUGUCAACCACAAAGCAGCCCGAGGUUGGCACGAUAACGACUCUCGUGCCCACGACGAAUCCCACGCCGGGCCUGAAAUCCAACUUCUCUCGGCCUGCUUCCAGGCUCGGAGGUACUACUAAGAAGUCAGUGUCGUUCGAGGAGCCCGAGAAGGAAAACAUGGUCCCCGUGGCCACGACAACGACCACGAAAGCCAAGACAGCCGAGCCCAAGGCAGCCACAGCAACCGGUAUGCGGGCGCGACCUGUCCGCAAAACGACGACAGUCCCGGCAAGGACGACACGGACGUCAACCAGGACAGCACCGGCCACCGCGAAGAAACCCCUAAGCCCUAAGAAGGAUGGAGCGAACCGUCCCCUGUCCAGAUGUGACGAGAGCUCGGACGACGAGCUAGCUACUCAUGAGAAGACACCUAUGAAGCCGCUCAUGAAGAGCCCCGUCAAGCCACCCGCCAGCUUGCGUAGGCCGGAGCACAAAUUGUCAGAGGACGAGAACGCCUUUGCUCCUUCUGAGAACAUCAUGACAGCUUCGGUCAUGCGUAGUCCUGCUCGUAGACCGCCAGCUUCGCCAUGGAAGGAAUCGAUGAAGUCCCCCGCCAAGAAGAUCGAGUCGGUUCCAUUCGACCUGUCGGGAUCGACUGCAGAAGGAGAGGCUCCCACCUCGCCAUCAAAGACGUCUAUGCUCCAAUCUCCAGCGAAGCGGCCACAAGUACCGAUCAAGGCAUUCCAGAUGAGCUCGAAUGAAGGUCCCCUUGCCCCUCAUUCUCCCGUGAAGCGCUCGCUUUUUGGUUCUCCCGCUAAGCGUGGUGCCGGGGCACCGUUCAAGAGCCUUAGCCACGAGCCACUUGGGCUGGCGAAGAAGAGGGAGACCCCAGUCAAGGAGUCCUCUCCCGUGGAAGAGACAGGGCCAGCCCUUCCUGAGCAGAUCCUUGAAGUCAUAGAGGUACAACAAGGCGAACUUGAGGUCCGUGAUGAGGAAGAGGCAGAUUCUUCAUCUCUUGACCACAUUGCCCUCGACCAGCAGAUCGAGCUGGAGCUAUCCACACAGCUUGCCUUCCCCGGUAGACUAUCAGCCGUUCUCCCCCGGCACGCGGAUCCAGCCCUCAAGGAGAAGCCGGCACACGCUCCCUCCGAUGCCCACACCGAAGAGGCUGUUCAGGCUGCCAUCGAGCAGAAGCCCCUCGUUGAGAGCACACCGGAAGAUCCCAUGGAUCUCGACGAGAUGAACACAGACGAAGCCAUCACAACAGGACAGCCGGGCAGAGCUCGCAGUCUUUCGCCCAUGAAGGCGGUUACCAACCCGAUGUUCAGGCUUCGCGCAAAAGAUCUGGAUGACCAGUACAUGUCUGAGUCUGAGGACGAGCUCGCGACCAGCGGUAAGACGGGUUCCAAGUUCCAGGACACGACCACGGUCGACUUUGACAACGUGCCUGCGACGCCGACUCCUGCAGCCAUCAGGACUCCUCGCAGUGGUCUGCCGUCAAGCGCAGCCAAGGCGGCUAGUCGCGCAAUCCGAUCUGUCUCAAGAGGCACCAAGCACGGCUUCACUCCACUGGCUGCCCAGUUCAGCGACUGGAGGGCCUCAAGCCCUUCCAAACUGAAGCAGCAACAGAAAGCACCUGCCUCGCCAGCUACUACAGAUGAAGACCUCUCACUGGUCUCGGACGACUCAUCGCCACGCGCGCAAGGCUCGCCUGCCAACGGCCACUUCUUUGAGGACGAGAUGAAGAUUCGUGCUGAUAUGGAGAUGGAGGCAAUGAUUGAGGCCGAUCUCGCCGCGGGCUACAGCGAUGACUCAAUGCUGGACGACAUGAUGGACAUCACAAACGAAGACGUUGAGCUUGCUGCCGAAGCAAAUGAGAUGUCUCUCAUGGAUGACGCCGAGGUUAAGGCCAAAACGAGCGGAAUUUCACAAGAUGACACCGCCUCCGAGGCCAGCCAAGAAUAUGGCGACGAGAACGCAGUGCCUAUAGACCCUGCCUUGAUGAACGCCGACAACGCACAAUCUACUCCUGUCACACCCGCUCGUCCCGUCAUGAGGACUUUCCACACGACAUCCAAGGUGCCGCUGAAGCCGGCCGACGACACGCCCCCAGCACGAAACCAGGCACGCAGCUUCAGCGCGUCAAAGGCGGGUCCUAAACGGCCCGAGAUGCCCGCCAGGAACGCGACUGUCAUCUCGUAUUCUCCUACAAAAGAACAAACAAUGGAGGAAGGCGAGCUCGCGCAGCCCGUCACUCCUGGCAAGGCGGACUCUUGGUCAAUGGUCGGAACGCCUGCCCGAACACCCAGACGGGACCUCAACACGGACCUUCUGCGCGGAGCGGUCGUCUUUGUCGAUGUCCACACGAGCGAGGGCGCAGACGCUAGUGCUGUCUUUGUCGAGCUCUUGACCCAGAUGGGUGCUCGCUGCGUGAAGACGUGGACCUGGAACCCCAGCCAUGAUGGAACGGGCGAGUCCAAGAUUGGCAUCACUCACGUCGUCUACAAGGACGGUGGAAAGCGUACCAUGGAGAAGGUCCGGGAGAGCAACGGCGUCGUCCAAUGUGUCGGCGUCGGCUGGGUCCUUGACUGCGAGAAGCACAACCAAUGGGUUGAUGAGUCGACGCACUACAUCGACACCUCGCUCAUCCCCCGCGGCGGCCGCAACCGCCGCAAGAGCAUGGAGCCCAAGGCGCUUGCGAACGUGAACGGCGCGUUGGUGACUCCUAUGAAGAACAACGCGGCCGCUCCGCGAGAAUGCAUGACAGCACCCAGCAAUCAGAUGAACAGGCGCGAAAGUUCGCUCUGGAUGAGAUCGCCAUCGGAUAUGGACGAGGAUGAGGACGCACCUGGCGAGGCAGACGACUGGCGCCCGGACGUGAGCAGUAUCCUCACACCUGUGCCCAAGACCCCGGCGCCUGAAGCUGUUGCCAGAUAUGCAAUGGAUGUCACGCCCGGCUCGUCCUCAGCCGACGAUGAUUCAUCCAUCGGCCGAGAGCCGCUUCACAUGCAGACUUGUCCUCCCAAGCAGUCUACGAUGUACAGCAUGGGUGCAAACAUCUUGGGCCACCGCAAGGACGAGACAGUCAUGAUGCGGCUCAUGGCCGCGCGCCGCAAGAGCCUGCAGUUUGCGCCAAAGGUCGCCAGCCCGCUUUCCAAGGCUUGGUAUUAG